CACCUUCACAGCGUCGUGCAGCUGUCACCACGGUCAGCUGUAGGUCAUCUUCAUAACCCCGGGAAGAAGCCCCGUCCCCGCCCUCCCCCCCACUCCACCCCUCCAGGAGGAGCGGCCGGUGAAGGAGAGCCAGCUUGGAGGGGGCUGGCGCGUCUAGAGAAUCCAGAGGGGAAGCAGGGCCGCGCCCGCCAGCAGCGCCGAGGGGAAUCAGUUUGUCGGGGUCACUCCUGCCCCACGCCACUGGCUGCAGAAGGAUGCGUUGGGUCAUAGAGCGAAGUCACGUCCCGUUGCCCUUUUCAGAUGGGGUGGGGCGACCUCGGGGUGUACGGAGAACCUUCCAGAGAGACCCCGAAUUUGGACCGGAUGGCUGCGGAAGGGAUGCUUUUCCCGAACUUCUACACGGCCAAUCCCCUGUGCUCCCCUUCCAGGGCGGCUCUGCUCACCGGACGCCUGCCCAUCCGCAGUGGCUUCUAUACUACCAACGGGCACGCGAGGAACGCCUACACGCCACAGGAGAUAGUGGGCGGCAUCCCGGACUCAGAGCUCCUGCUGCCAGAGCUGCUGAAGGAGGCCGGCUACACCAGCAAGAUCGUGGGCAAGUGGCAUCUGGGCCACAGGCCUCAGUUCCACCCCCUGAAGCACGGAUUCGACGAGUGGUUUGGAUCCCCCAACUGUCACUUUGGACCUUAUGACAACAAGGCCAGGCCCAACAUCCCUGUGUACCGGGACUGGGAGAUGGUUGGCAGAUUUUAUGAGGAAUUUCCAAUUAACCUGAAGACCGGAGAAGCCAACCUCACCCAGAUCUACCUGCAGGAAGCACUGGAUUUCAUUAAGAGGCAGCAGGCAGCUCGCCGCCCCUUCUUUCUACACUGGGCCAUCGACGCGACACACGCGCCUGUUUAUGCCUCCAGGCCUUUCCUGGGCACCAGCCAGCGGGGGCGUUACGGGGACGCCGUCCGGGAGAUUGACGACAGCGUCGGGAAGAUCCUGCACCUCCUCCGGGACCUGAGCAUCGCAGAGAACACCUUUGUUUUCUUCACGUCCGACAACGGCGCUGCCCUCAUUUCUGCGCCCAGACAAGGUGGCAGCAAUGGCCCCUUUCUGUGCGGGAAGCAGACCACGUUUGAAGGUGGGAUGAGGGAGCCUGCGAUCGCCUGGUGGCCCGGGCACAUCCCUGCCGGCCAGGUGAGCCACCAGCUGGGCAGCAUCAUGGACCUCUUCACCACCAGCCUGUCCCUCGCAGGCCUGGAGCCACCCAGGGACAGGGCCAUCGACGGCCUGGACCUCCUCCCCACCAUGCUCCAGGGCCGCCUGACAGACAGGCCGGUAUUCUACUACCGUGGCAACACGCUGAUGGCGGUCACCCGUGGCCAGUACAAGGCCCACUUCUGGACCUGGACCAAUUCCUGGGAGGAGUUCAGGCAGGGCGUGGAUUUCUGCCCCGGGCAGAACGUGUCGGGGGUCACCACCCACUCGCAGGAGGAGCACACUAAGCUGCCGCUGGUCUUCCACCUGGGACGAGACCCCGGGGAGAGGUUCCCCCUCAGCAUUGCCAGCACCGAGUACCUGGACGCCCUUCGCCAGAUCACCCCGGUUGUCCGGCAGCACCAGGAGGCCUUGGUCCCCGGACAGCCGCAGCUCAAUGUGUGCAACCGGGCGGUCAUGAACUGGGCGCCCCCGGGCUGCGAGAAGUUAGGGAAGUGCCUGAUGCCCCCGGAGUCUGUCCCAGAGAAGUGUUCCUGGCCCCACUAGCACCGGCUUGGGCUCAGGACAGGAGCCUCAGGGCUCCUGUGCUGCAAGAGCCCCCACUCCCUCUGCCCUGACUGCUGCCAGACGGACGGCACCUGUAGCCAGCAGCAGGACCCGCGAGACUACCAGCCCAGCCCUGGAGUCAGCUCCCAGCCCACCGGGCCUGACUCUACAGCCACAGGCUCACAUCAGCCCCUGAACCGGAGGCUGCCUGCCUCAUGUCCUCCGCUCUGCUCCAGCUACCUCCCAGCUGCCUCUUCCAGGGCCUGAGCUCUGCCCAGGACCCAGGGGCCUGACUCGCCGUGGCUGCCCCUGCAGUCCCCUCAGGACUUCAGCCCUGGUGUCAAGGGCGGCCGUGCCAAUCCUGUGUUGCCCCUUGGCGCUGUGCACAGGGGAUACCCCAGCGCCCCUCCCCCGCGUACUGCCCCCACCAUGGUCGAGGGGUGUGAACAUGAAGGAGGAGGAGGCCAAGGGCCUCCCUGUCCCGGAGGAGCCUCGACAGCCGAGGCCUCCCCAGUCCAGCGCGGACAGCUGAAGCCACCAGCGUCCCUGGAGAUCAGGACUCCCAACCCCAGCACACUGUGGGGCCCGCCUGUGCUUCAGCACUCCCGUCCUCGGGCCCAGGGUGGCAGCGCUUGAGGACGAGCCCAUUCACCAGCGAAAUCAGGAGAGCCUGAGCAGGACUGUGAACGGCCUCCAGGGACUUCCCCUUAAGCUCGUGGGUCGUUCCCAUUGUGUGGAGUUUCCACUCUGCAGACUGUCACACCAACUCUGUACUGUUGUAAGACUUGGGAAAUUAUGAAGAGAACAGGUUUAGAAUAAAGUAACAGGCAUUUUAGCCUUUUGUUUUUAAAUGAAAUUCUAUUUGGGGGAAUUUGUCCCCCCUGGGUACCACGGUGGGGGCUGGAGUGGGCCAGGCCAAGCAUUCCAUCACUCCCUCCUCCGCUGCCCUCCCCCAGCAGGCCCCGGGGGAGCCAGGCAACAAACGCCUGGGCUUCCGCCUCUGGCUCGCCCCGCCCCCGGCCGUUGGUUCUCUGAACUGCUCCCUUCCGGGCCGCUGCACCGCACUCCUGCUCGGAAUCCCUCUUUGCUCCGGUCCUCAGGCACUGGCGCGCUCCUGGGGAAAGGGCCAGGCUGUGUGUGUGCGCCGUGCGCCCCGUGCGCGCGCUGGCCCCCUCGCACCGCGCUGCAGGAGCACAGCCGAGACCCGCCGGGGAGGGAAGAAGAGCGGGCGAGGCAGUGCGCGCCGCCCGAGGCCUGGGGUCCCGGCCACAGCUGCGCCGAAGACCUGCGGGCGCUCUCGGCUCGGCCGAACCGGGCGAAGAUUUCCCCGACAGUCCGGCCGGGGCUGCGUAGACGCCGUACUCCAUCAACCCUGACUCGCACCUGGGCCCCGCGCGAACGUCCUUGAGGCGGGGACGCUAGUGUUCGGGGCACAAGAAAUAAGCACGUAUCUUAAGACCGACCGCACUUCAGAUUCGAUGAAAUACGGUACCUCCUACGGGAGAUGGUGGGCCCCGCCCACCCGAACCCAGACCCUUUCCACGCUGGCGCGGAGCCGCCUUGGGCUCCCGGCCCCGCCCCCUGGGGGGGCUCCUCCCCCACCCCGCGCAGGCGCGGAGCCUACUAACCGGCUCUUGCCCUUGAGACGCGCGGAUGCUGAGAUGGCGGAUUCCGAGCUGCAGCUGGUGGCGCGGCGGAUCCGCAGCUUCCCCGACUUCCCCGUCCCCGGCGUGCUGUUCAGGGACAUUUCACCCGUCCUGAAGGACCCCGACUCCUUCCGCGCCUCCAUCAGCCUCCUGGCUAAUCACCUGAAAAAGGCCCACGGCGGCAGGAUCGACUACAUCGCGGGCAAGUGGCGCGUCAGGGCUCCGCCGGGUCCCCGGACUCUCCCUGGUGCUGCUCGAGUCUGCCAUGAGGGCGCAGUGUCGGGAGUCCUUUACCCCGGGCAGGGUGGCUUUGGGGGUCUUUUAGGGGACCCGCCGGACGCCCCAACGGUGCUUGGGUUGUAAGAACAGACCCGCUGCCCCAUCUCGACUUUGCAGCCGUGAGAGGGGCGACAGGCCCCUCCAGCGGCCGGGGAACGCCUCUGAUGGGUGGGUGCCGGCGGCGGGGCUGAGGGCAGGCACGACAGGUGGGGGUGUCUGACCAGAAUCCACGGGGCCAAGCAUGCUUUCUUGUUUUACCGGCGGGUAUUGAGCGCCUGCCGUGUGCCAGGUCCUGUACCCAGUGGUGGGUUUUAGGAAAACCCAGGAGAUCGUGGAAGAUCCUGGCGCAGGUCCUGUUUCUCUUUGAGAAGCCCCCCCCCCCCAUACUCCCUGGUUCUUGGAUACCCUGAGGGGCCACAGCACUGCCCUGGAGGCUGGAGGGCUCCAACUGGUUGAGUCCUGCAGAGGAUUCUUCCCUUCAGAAGCUCUUCCUCCCUAACCACACUCGCACGUGGGGAAGAGGCCCUUGAGUUCCCCCAUCACAGCUCAGUCCGCCCCCGGAGGUGGACUGCCUCUCCUGCUGGACUAGAAGCUCCUGGGGCAGACGCUGCACCGUCUGCUAAGGGCGUUUCAGGUACCACCAGCCACUGGUGAGCAGCUGAGCUUUGGAGAGAGGUCAGGUGACUUACCCGAGCCCACACAGCUAUUUACACCGCCGCGUACGGAGUGGCUCCUGGCCUCUCUAGCACCUAGCAGUCUCUGUGUGGUAGGUGAGCUGUCAACAUUCCCAGAGUGGCUGGAUGUCACUGGUCUUUCAUCUGGAGGCAGCAAGGCUGUGUGUCCUGUGUCGUGAUGACUACUUGUCACUGUUCAGCCCUAACCCAUGGGGACCCCAAUGAUACCAUACCACGCGGCUGCC